AUGGAUCGUAGAAACAUUGUAUUUAGUGUUGUGCAAGACAGAUCAAAGGUACAAACAUUUACUCCAACCCUUUUUAAAAUGUCAACUCAACAACAACAGCAACAACAAACGGCAGAGAAAAGUGUUCAAACACAAGAUUUAACUGGAGCAACAACAUUACUUGUUACAAAUAAUCCUAUGACACAUAUACAUACCGAGAAUACAGCUGCUGAAGUUGCAAAUACACUUGUUUCAAUGGCUACUGGACGACAACGUACAACUACAGUAAAACAAUUAAGUGUCAUUAGUGUUCCAACUCAAUCAACUUUACCAAUUUUAUCCCUUGCUGAUUAUACAACAUCUCGAGGUGUUCCAACAGCAAUGGCUUUAGCUAAUCAAGCUAAAAUUACUCCAUCAAAACCUGAAGAUAUGUUAGAAGGUGAUGAUGACAUCGAUGAUACAUCAAUGUCAACUGAUGAUUAUAAUCAAAGUCAUAAUGAAUUAAAAACUCGUACAAAAUCAACACGUGGAAAAUCAAAUAAAUCAUUAAAACUUAGCAAACAACAACAAAUUGAAGCAAUUCAAUAUGGUCCAAUUGUUGUUAAACCAAGAAAAAAUACGGCACCAACACUUGCUAAUGGACGAAAAAGUAAAGAUGAACCACUUCCACCUGAUGAAGAUGUAAAACGUAAACAACGUCGUGAUAGAAAUAAACAAGCAGCUGCUAAAUGUCGUAGAAAACGAAAUGAUCUUCGUGAAGAAUUAGAACAAGCUGAACAAUUAUUAUUAGAUGAACAAAAAAAUCUUGAACGUGCAGUUCAAACAUUAAAUGAUCAAAAAAAUCAAUUAGAAGUAUUACUACAUCGUCAUCCAUGUACAAAAAAAAUACGUUUACCAAUUACAACUGCUAAUACUAUGAAUAUUUCUAAAAAUGAUUUAAAAUCAAUUUCAACAGCAACUCUAUUAGAUUCAAAUAAUAAUAAUGGUAAUAAUAAACGUGUUACGAUUAAUUUUACAAAUGCACAAGAUUUACUUGCGGUUGCACCAUUAACACGAAUAACACCAACAAUAACAACAACAGAUGGUUCAUCAUCAUCAUCGAAUGUACCUAUGAUAACUAUUCAUAUUAUUCCAGAAGUAGCACAAGCUUUACUAGGUUCAACAUCAGUUGAUAAAGCGAAAUUAGCUGAAUUACUUCAACAAGCUGCUUUAAAUAAUUCAGCAUCGAACACAACAACAACUGCAACAGCAAUAUCAGAUUUAGCGACCACAAAUACUUCAACGAACAGUACCAGUUGA